CUACAGACAAAUAAGACAACUACAGAUCCUUGAAAAGAAGAAGAUGUCUGAAUCAGAUGAAACCAGAAGAGCCGUCUCCACACGAAAGAAACGCACUCAUGACCAGACAACAAAUGAAACAUUUGAUGAACUUGUUCAAACAUUAAGAGAGGUUUCUGAUCAAAGUGAUGUGAAAAGAGAGAAGAUCAGAGGAGAUCUGCUAAACCUCAAAGAGAAAUAUGACUUGAAUCUUCCAGAAGAAAAGAAGAUUUUCAAUGACCCCAUUCAUGGUAAAAUUGAGCUUCAUCCUCUGCUGGUGAAGAUCAUCGAUACUCCUCAAUUUCAGAGACUCCGUCAUAUUAAACAACUGGGAGCAAAAUAUCUGGUCUUCCCUGGUGCCACUCACACUCGCUUCGAACACUCACUUGGGGUGGCGUAUUUAGCAGGAUGUCUGGUGAAAAGUCUACAAGAGAAACAGCCAGAGCUCAACAUCACCAAUCGAGACAGCCUGUGUGUCCAAAUCGCUGCUCUGUGCCAUGAUUUAGGUCACGGUCCAUUCUCUCAUUUGUUUGAUGGCAUGUUCAUCCCUCAAGCCCGUCGUGGUUCCGAGUGGAAGCAUGAGGAGGCGUCGAUUCAGAUGUUUCAGCACAUGGUUGAUCAGAAUGGACUGAGAGAAGUGAUGGGAAACUAUGGAUUGAAUCCAGAGGAGGAUCUUCCCUUUAUUGAGAAAUUAAUUCAGGGAGUCAAAACUCGAGAUCAGGAGAAAUCUUUCCUGUAUGAGAUUGUGGCAAAUAAACGGAACGGCAUUGAUGUGGACAAAUGGGACUAUUUUGUGAGAGACUGUCACUACCUCGGCAUUCCAAACAAUUUUGAUCUUCAGCGUCUGCUGAAAUCUGCACGAGUGUGUGAGGUGGAAAUAAGAGAGAAGAAAGAACAGUCGAUCUGCUUCAGGGACAAGGUGGCAGAUACUAUUUACGACAUGUUUUACACCCGAUACACUCUGCACCGCCGGGCCCUCCAGCACAAGACCGGCUACAUCAUUGAUGUCAUGAUCACUGAAGCCCUCAUAGAGGCUGAUGGCAAGCUGAGACCCGAAUGCACAAUCUCAAAAUCCAUAGAUGAUAUGGCAGACUACACUGAAUUCACAGAUGGCAUCUUUGAAGAGAUCCUGAACUACUCUGACCCUGUCAGACAAAAGAACAUGGAACAGGCUCAACGCAUCCUAAAGAAAAUUGUUUGCAGAGAGCUGCCAAAGUUUGUGGGAGAUGCCCGUCUGAAGCGAGAAUUAACAAAGGAAGAUUUAGAGGAAAGCUGGUCAGACAUGUGCGGAGGAAACGGACUGAAUCCUGAGGACUUUGGCGUUUAUGUGGUUGACAUGGGAUUCGCUGCAGUGGGCAAAAGCCCCAUUGAUCAUGUGUAUUUCUAUAAGAAGAGUGACCUCAAAAAAUCCUUCAAAAUUGAGAAGAUGUCCACUCUCAUACCAGAGAAGAUUCAUGAAUGGCUUGUCAGAGUUUACUGCAGAAAUACUGACCAGUUGGUCCAGCAGAAAGCAGAGAAAUGUUUUCAUGACUGGUGCAAAACAAUUAAAGACAAUGAAGACAAUGAAGACUGUUCGAAAAGUGAACACUCAGACCCUGAGCCAUCGGAAACUCUACAAGGAAAAAUCUGCAACGACAAGAUUUUCAAUGACCCCAUUCAUGGUCAUAUUAAGCUGCAUCCUCUUCUGGUGAAGAUCAUCGAUACUCCUCAGUUUCAGAGACUCCGUCAUAUUAAACAACUGGGAGGGAACUAUUUGGUGUACCCUGGUGCCACUCACACUCGCUUUGAACACUCACUUGGGAUGGCACACUUGGCACGCUGUCUCGUCGAGGUUCUACAAGAGAACCAAAAGGAACUCAGUACAGAACGAAAGGAACUCAUUACACCUGAAGAGAGCCUGUGUGUCCAAAUUGCUGCUCUGUGCUAUAAUUUAGGUCAUGGUCCAUUCUCUUAUUUGUUUGAGAGAUUCAUCAGUAAAGUCAAAAACGAUGAUGAAAUGUUUAAGCAUGAAGAGCUCGCAGUUAAGAUGCUUCAGCACAUGAUCGAUGAUGAGAGCAAUAAUCUUACAGCAGAGAUGGAAAAAUACAGAUUGUAUCCAGAUGAACACCUUCCCAUUAUUAAACACUUAAUUAAGGGGAAUGAUGCUUCAGUGGAGGAGCGUUCACAGAGACUUCAAGACAAGCCUUUCCUGUCCGAAAUUGUGGUAAAUAAAAAGAAUGGCAUUGAUGUGCGCAGAUGGGACUAUUUUGCACGAGACUGUCAUUACCUCGGCAUUUCAAACAGCUUUGACCAUCAACGUCUGCUAACGUCUGCACGACUGUGUGAGUGUGAUGAUGGCAAAAUGCACAUCUGCUUCAGGGACAAGGUGGCAGAUGAUAUUCACAACAUGUUUCUCACCCGAUACACUCUGUAUCGCCAGGCCUACAAACACAAGAUCUGCUACAUCAUUGAAGAGAAGAUCACAGAAGUCCUAGAAGCAGCUGAUGAAGAGCUGAAAAUCUCUGCUGCUGUAAACAGUAUGAAAGACUACACCAAACUCACAGAUCACAUCUUUGAGAAGAUCUUGUACUCAAAAGAUGAAAACCUGGAAAAGGUCCAAACAAAACUUCUGGACAUUGUCGAGAGACGCCUGCCAAAGUUUGUGGCAGAAGCUAGACUGCCAGAAACUGAAAAUCAAGACAAAAAGGCAUUGAAGAAAACACUUCAGGAUAACUGGAUGACAGCAAUACACAACUGGAAAGAAGUGAACCCAGACUCGUCUCUGAAUCACAAGGAUUUUUUGGUUCAUGUGGUUUACCUGGAUUAUGGCAUGAAGGGUAAAAACUUCAAAGACAACGUCUAUUUUUACACCAAGAGGAACCCCAUGAGGGCCACCAAGAUUCAGCCGUAUCAGGUAUCCAGUAUACUUCCAGACAAGUUUUCUCAAGUGCUUGUCAGAAUUUACUAUGAAAAAUCUAGGAACCAGGAUGCGGCACAGGCGGUGGCUGAAGCACAGGCACAGGAUGAAGCACAGGCGGUGGCUGAAGCACAGGCACAGGAUGAGGCACAGGCGGUGGCUGAAGCACAGGCGGUGGCUGAAGCACAGGCACAGGAUGAGGCACAGGCGGUGGCUGAAGCACAGGCACAGGAUGAGGCACAGGCGGUGGCUGAAGCACAGGUGGUGGCUGAAGCACAGGCACAGGAUGAGGCACAGGCGGUGGCUGAAGCACAGGUGGUGGCUGAAGCACAGGCACAGGAUGAGGCACAGGCGGUGGCUGAAGCACAGGCGGUGGCUGAAGCACAGGCACAGGAUGAGGCACAGGCGGUGGCUGAAGCACAGGCGGUGGCUGAAGCACAGGCACAGGAUGAGGCACAGGCGGUGGCUGAAGCACAGGCGGUGGCUGAAGCACAGGCACAGGAUGAGGCACAGGCGGUGGCUGAAGCACAGGUGGUGGCUGAAGCACAGGCAAAGGAUGCGGCACAGGCGGUGGCUGAAGCACAGGCGGUGGCUGAAGCACAGGCACAGGAUGCGGCACAGGAAAAGGAGAUAUUGAAGAAAGCCAAGAAGUGCUUUCGUCAGUGGAGCAAAGUCAAAUUUGGACUCCCUCCCCUGAUCAUUUUCUAUGAGGAUGAGAACUUUCAGGGUGAGAUUUACAGGACUGGCAAAGACUGUUCAGAUUUGCCAACCUCCCUGCAACGCUGUAAUUCCAUUCGUGUGGAGGGUGGUGGGAUCUGGGUGCUGUAUGAAAAUCCAAACUUCUCGGGCUGCGAGUAUGUUCUGACUCAAGGAAAGUACCCAUCCUGGAAGGGCCCCAAGAACUUUGGUUCCUGCAAGAUCUUCUUUCAUAAGAUCGAGCUCUACAAACAAGAGAAUUUUGCAGGCGAGCCGCAUGUGACCUCAGUGGACUGUCGUUCUUUGCCUGACCAUUUCAGUACAAGUGAGGUCCGCUCCUGUAAGGUGCUCAGAGGUGUUUGGAAGCUGUAUGAGGAAACCGACUAUGAGGGUGAACACUACCAACUGGAGGAGGGGGAGUAUCCAAACCAUCAGGAGUGGGGUGCCGACUGCCCCACUGUCCGGUCUCUCAAACUAGCACAAGAUUCUGACCAAUAAUAAAUCCAUCCUUCAAUUCUCAUAGUUCACUUUUGGGCAAACUCUUCUUAUUAUUCACCCACACUCUUAAUUAGUGCACAGGAGCUUAUUUUGUGUUUUUGUGUGAUAAACCACAUUUUGUUUGAAAAAGUUGUAUAUCAGGAUGAAACCCUGAAAGGCAAAAGUAGAAAUCUUAUGAAAGAGAUGUUGAUGACAAGCAGUAAUUAAAUAAAUAUAAUGUGAUACGGUUUACAGGAAAAGAAAUCAAAUCUAAAUUAAAAUAGUCACAAGCAUCUUUACUCUGUAACUUAAAGUGCAGUUUGCCACGGCUUUAGUGCCGUCUGAUAUUACGGUUUUAGAUUGGACUUAAUAUUGUAGAUUUUAAUUCAGAUUUUUGCUAGUUGGGUAAAACGAGUGAUUUACAUUAUUGUAAGAGGUUUGUUUUGUUUUUCAUUAUAAUUAUUCUGUGUAUUUCACAAAAGUUGGUGUUGGAUGGUGUAAAUUGCUAAUGAUCAGUUAAAUGUUUCUAUAAAGGUUGAUUAUCAGUACUCGAUGAUGAAGGUUGUGUUAUGCUAUAAAGGGUUUGUUUUUGAUUGAUAAAUAAGAGUGAUUAUACAAGGGUUUUCUUUAUACAACAUAUAUUCAGUAUAUAUUUGGUGAAAAGUCCAUUAGAGAUUGAUUUACAGUUAUUUGGAGUAAUGUGUCUACAUUAUAAUCAUUAACCUUUUCUGGGAAUACAGGGAUUCAAUUAUAUUAAGUUUUGCUUUUCAAUGUAUCUAUAAUCUGACACGAUUGUAAAAUUGUUGCAGCAUGUCGACAUUAAUACACUUGAUCUAUUUUAUAAUAAAGUGCUUCUUUCAUCUGUAUCUUUGUUAGUUCUUCACAUUUGCAUCUUAAACAUAAAUGCCACAUACAAAUCCAUUUAAUCCAGUUAUAUUUGUGACUGAAGGUUGA